GGUUUGUGCAUGCUGAGCAAGUCAUUGCAUUGGCAGUCUAUGAGGACACGUGCCUAGUCCCCCUCUAAAAUUCUACCGCUUGUGGUUUGCACUUGUCACGGCUAUAGCAAUACUGAGCGCAACAUCAAGACCCACACCGACAACUGCAUGGAGAGGUCACAAACAGGGACAUUCGAUCACAUUAAGCAACAUGAUCAAUUUGAAUUAGGAGGAAUUGAUUUACUUCGUUUCUUCUGACGCCAAGAAAGUGACAGGAGGGAUUUGAGAGUGACAUGGAUAAUCAAGACCAACAGACGGGAUUUUAAACGACAGCCUGUGUGGAUGUAACGGUUGGGCAGCCGUUAAGAACAACGUCGAUACGUCUUGGCAACAGGCAUGAUUAUCUUUCUCUCACAGCAGCAGCCAAAAUAGCUCAUAACCACACUGCAUGUAUUUCUUCAACACUUUUCAAAUUUGAUCCAAUUGAUAUCUGAAGAUUCACAUUUUAUCUCACAACAAUGGCUCACUUAAUUCGACACAAGAUCGGCAACAAGCUGACCAAUGCAGCCAACACAGUGUCCAAUAAAUCGCAGGCCAAGGUCAGCGGAGUGUUCGCCAGAUUGGGCUUCCAGGCCGCUACAGAUGAAGAGGGUCUGGGGUUCGUGGACUGUGAUGACUUGGACUAUGAUUACAGGCAGGGGAUGCAGAUGGACAUCAUGCAGGGCGACGAGGAAGGGGGAGAGAUGGACGGAGGAGACGAGUUGACGGAGGGAGACAGCCACUACCAGAGAGAUGGCACCGGCCCAGCAUCCUCCUCCAUCAAGAACACUGGGGCGUGUAACGAGUUGGCAUCAGAGGUCAAACCCAAAAUUACGUCUUGGGAAGCGGGGUGGAACGUCACCAAUGCCAUUCAGGGGAUGUUCGUCCUUGGGUUACCCUACGCCAUUCUUCACGGAGGAUACCUCGGACUCUUUCUAAUCAUAUUUGCGGCUGUUGUAUGUUGUUACACCGGAAAGAUUCUUAUUGCGUGUCUGUAUGAAGAGAACGAGGAUGGGAUUCUGGUGCGCGUGAGGGACUCCUACGUGGACAUCGCCAACGCGUGCUGCCAGCCACGGUUCCCGUCUCUGGGCGGGCAUAUUGUUAACGUUGCUCAGAUCAUUGAGUUGGUCAUGACCUGUAUCCUGUACGUGGUGGUCAGUGGCAACCUGAUGGUCAACAGUUUCCCCAACCUGCCGGUCUCGCAGAAGGCCUGGUCUGUAGUCGCCACGGCCGCCCUCUUGCCUUGCGCGUUCCUCAAGAGCCUCAAGGCUGUGUCCAAGUUCAGCUUGCUUUGCACUAUCGCGCACUUCGUCAUCAACAUCCUGGUAAUAGCCUACUGCCUCUCCAGAGCCCGGGAUUGGGCCUGGGACAAAGUCAAAUUCUAUAUUGAUGUCAAGAAGUUCCCCAUCUCCAUUGGCAUCAUCGUCUUCAGCUACACGUCCCAGAUCUUCCUGCCCUCGCUGGAGGGGAACAUGCAGAGGCCAAGCGAGUUCCAAUGCAUGAUGGACUGGACCCACAUUGGAGCCUGCGUCCUGAAGGGCCUGUUCGCUCUGGUGGCAUACUUGACUUGGGCAGAUGCCACCAAAGAGGUCAUCACGGACAACCUGCCGUCCACCAUCAGAGCAGUGGUCAACCUAUUCCUUGUGGCUAAGGCCUUGCUGUCAUAUCCGCUGCCAUUCUUCGCUGCUGUAGAGGUCUUGGAGAAGUCUUUUUUCCAGGAUGGAGGGCGCGCCAUAUUCCCUGACUGUUAUGGGCCGGGAGGAAGUAUUAAAUCCUGGGGACUGGGCCUCCGGUGCCUCCUGGUGGUGUUCACGUUGAUCAUGGCCAUCUUUGUACCUCACUUCGCACUCCUCAUGGGCCUCACCGGGAGUCUUACCGGCGCCGGGUUGUGCUUCCUUCUCCCAGCUCUCUUUCAUUUAAAGCUGAUGUGGAGGAAACUUUUAUGGCACCACGUGUUCUUUGACGUCGCCAUAUUUGUCAUAGGGGGCAUAUGCAGCAUUUCUGGUGGUAUUCACUCAGUAGAAGGGCUCAUUGAGGCAUUCAAAUAUGGAGUCGAAGAAUAAGAACGUUCUACCUCUGUAGCCCAUACCUUAAAUUUGGUCAAUCAUAGGCGCGUAAUGACAGACUGAUUGACAGCGCAUAAGGGAUACUGUGUAAUUGUUUUACUUCGUUUUUUUUGUUUUGCCUUCUUGACGACAAUGUGCAAUAAUAAACUUUAUAAUCAUAGUGUAGAGUAUUGUACUGAAAUGUUGUGUUAACUAGGAAGGGGGUAAUGCAGUGUCCUUGGAGAAUGGAUCAUCUCUGAAGCAGUGAAUAUCAUGCAAGGUUUGAUCAGGCAAGGUUAGCACAACCCAUGUGAAAAUGAGCUGUGCAUAGGCCUCACUUGUGUGUGGAUGUGUUGAUAUCUGCAUUGACAAUGAGUUUAUUAGCGUUUUAUUAUCGGUUUCUAGCUGCUAAAGAAUUAGAUAACAAGCUCAUACCAGAUUCUGUCGACUUAAAGAUAAAAUACGCUCGGAGCACCCACGUGGGAUGGGGCUAUAUGAUAAAUGUAGUUGGUUAAUCAAAACAUUUCGAUUAGUUUUCAACUGUACUUGGUUUUUGGUGUUUCAAGUGUCAUUAUGGAUGAAGUGAAUUAUUGCAGUGCAAACCAGUGGCUCUAAAUGUUUAUAUGAAACCAUCUGUCUUCUGUAGUCUACCUAUCUGUUGAACGUGAAUUGUGCUUUCAUUGAAUUAAUCAUGACGUGUAAGAAAAGAGUAUGUGUUGAAUUAGUAGAGAAAUUAAUCGAAUAUUUGAUGCGUUAUGCUCAUAUCUUUGGAUUCAUUAUAUGUCUAUAAUUUGUGCACGCUCAUGUUUGUGCGAAAAAAUAAUAUAUGGGUGAAUAAAAUCUAUGUUUUUAUGGAUGAAUAUAGACAGUUUUGAGGGCUUUCUGUAAAACGGUCAAAUGGAAGCAGAGUCUGUGGAUUAGGAAGGCAGUAUGUUGUGUGGAGGAGGAUUCUGCUAAUUAUCAUAGGCUCACUCACCUCACAUGCACAUGUGCAUUGUCUGCCUGUAUGCUUAGACUCAACAUGCAUUCAAAUUUUCAAAAUUUACUUGAAUAAUUUUGUAGCCGUAACACACAAUAUAUUUUAUUUAACCUUUUUUUAACUAGGCAAGUCUCACAAAUUCUUAUUUACA